AUGUAUAAUCAGGGCAAUAUCAUGCGCAAGCUGCUGGGCAAGACAAACAACCCCGACUCUUCUUCGGCCAACAACUCGCACGACAAUACACCGUCGUCCUCGGUUGCCAAUGGCGGCACUUCCCACGGUUCCAACAUCACCAGCAACCCCAGCGGCGGCCUGGGCUCCAUCAACUAUCGCCAACGUCCCACUGCUGCCCAAAAUGCUUCGUACCAGGCUGGUCAACCGCUCGAGUGUAUAGACAGAUCCCCCGAUGGCCGAUCAGCUGUUCUUGCUGGCCGCCAUGCUCUACGGACAGUCACCUUUGACGGCCUCAACAUUCGCGAGGGGGUCGAUCUCCGCUCGCUUCUCCAAGGAGGAAGCCCGGAUCAGUUGGCGAUCAGGGAUGUCAAAUGGGGUCCUUCUGGCGGCAACCCGACCAUCUUCACGGCAUGCGGCAGCGGCAAGAUCUUCCAGUAUGACCUGGUGCGUGCCAGCGAGGCCUGGGCUACUGGAUCACCACUCGAGUCUCUCCAGAUCCGCGAAGACUCUCGACAGGUCAACACUCUCGACGUCAACCCGCACCGGGCCAGCUACCUGUUGUCUGGCAGUCAGGACGGCAUCGUCCGAUGCUUCGAUAUCCGCAACCCGAUCCCCUCGCGAACCGGCGCCACUUUCCGUCCAGUCCACGCCUACAAGUGCAACGCAGACGGCGUGCGUCAGGUCCGCUGGUCUCCCAAGGAUGGCUUUGUCUUUGCCUGCUCAACCGACCAGGGCACUGUCCUCCAAUGGGACAUGCGUAAGUAUCAUGCGCCCGUGCUGAGGAUCAACGCCCACGAGAAGUCGUGUACUUCGAUUGCCUGGCAUCCCGACGGCGAACAUCUCGUCAGUGCUGGAUGGGACAGCAAGUGUCAUGUCUGGCAUCUGGGCAAGGUUCCCGACAAGAGGCAGAAGCCGAAGUGGACCAUCUCUACUCCGGCGCCCGUGGCUUCUCUUGCUUGGAGACCUGGGCAAUGGUCAGCGACGGCCCAGGCAAAGAGGGCGUCCCAGAUCGCCAUAUCGUAUGGGGAGAGCAGUCAGAAGAAAUUUGGUAUCAAUGCGGUGCACAUAUGGGAUCUUGCCCGUCCCACAAUGCCCUACAGGGAGAUCCAGCUGUUUGACAGUUCCCCCAACUCUCUCCUCUGGCACGAUCAGUAUCUUCUCUGGACCGUCGGCCAGGAUGGUCUCUUUACCCAGUGCGAUGUCAACUUUGCGCCCAAGGUGCUUGACCGUCAAGCCGUCUCGACCAUGUCCUUCUCGUCACAGGGAGACGUGCUAAUGUUUCUAGACGAGCGUGCUCCUUCCCAUCGUCCGCGACCACACAUGCUUCAUGCCGACAGCAGCCACAGCAUAGGCGCACCCUCUUACAGCUCAAGCCCUACCACUCCCCGAUUUGGCGUCAGCCGCAGCGAUUCUGAAGACGAUGUUCUCGGAAGCUUCUUGGGCCCCAAACGACGGACCAGUCAGCGAAAGCGGCGUCCAAGCACGAGGUCAGCCAACCUUAGCACCACACCACCGAUGGGGUCGGAAGAGGUCUUGUCGUUAGAACAGACCAUCAAGGUCACCGGCAUCUACAAGCCUCAACAAGCCAUGGCCAUUGGGCAUCUGCCUGCUGCUGCGGAAGCCGAUAUCUACGAAUACCUUACCGUCAACUACUUGGAGGUCCUGUACCAGGAGCUGCCAUACGUCGAUGGAGGCAGGCCACUCCCCGACCGAGUCAAAACUAUCCUUGAUCACUACGCUAGAGCAGCCGAUAGUGUCAACCAGUACCGACUUGCCCAGUCAUGGCGCAUUCUCGCUUAUUGGAUCGACCUGGUUCUGCGAAGGCGAGGACAGUACCAUCUGGAACGUCGGCUAGAUCACUACGAGAAGAGAAAGAUUGAGGGAAAGCUACGCGCGCUGGGUCCUCCUUUUCAGAUGUCAGUCCAGACCGAUGGGGCAGAUACGCCGAGAAAGACACAUCCCAGGUCGUUGCUGUCAGAAGAGCUGGAAAGCACCUCGAACCAACCGACACCACUUGCCCGGCCUAUUGCGGAAUCCGAGAAGCUGACGCCAGUUCUGGAGUCUGGCAGUUUUGCCCUCGGGCCGGCACUCCAACCUCGCGGUCCACAAAAGCGUAACCGUCUCGACUCUGUCCCUUUGUCCGUCGUUUCGUUCAACAGCGAACACACCCAAGCCAGCACAGAAGGAUACGAUUUCUACGACACCGAAGCAAUCCUAGGCAAUGCCGUCGACGUACCCCGGAGAAGCCUCGAAAGUCAGAGAAGAUCUGUCCUACGCCAUGAUUCCGACGACAGUUUCGGGCACGCCCUCUCCGUCUCCGCCGGUAGUCGCCGCGGCGUCGGAACAACAGGAACAGCUAUAGCCAGCUCCGUCGAGUCCAGCGGUGGCCUACCUAUCCGCGGCUCUGCCCUUGCCGAAAUCCGCUACCCCCGUGGCAGUGACGGUUCCGAACGAGCGUCCGAUAUGCAAAUGGGCAGCUCCGGUCGUCCUCGCUUCGUCGUGCCCCCGCAGCUCAACCGCACCGAGACUGAAACAACGGGGAUGACCGCAUUUACUGACGAGCACCACGCCAUCACCCAAUCCACCACCGAUGACAGUUUUCCCUCGCAGAACGACAAUGACAUGUUACAUGCCGCACCACCCGUGGUCAUCACGGAAGGAACCCCUACUCUUCCUGAAGAACCGGAACCAGAACCUACUCACAUAAUCGAGACCGAUUACCUGCCCUGGCCCUCGGAUCCUGCCUAUCCCUACCCUCUUCACGACCCCCCUUCCUUCUCUAGUAGUACACCCCCGCUGAACCCCUACUCUCUAAUUACCCGUACUCUAGCGUUCGAAGCCAAGUCCUCAGCUCUAAAUGCAUCGGCCAUCGUUCUCCUCCUCAUGCCUUUGGUAUCAGACGAAGUCAUCGACAGUUACCAAGCAGCAGCCAUUCUUCGGCAGCAUCACUCCCGCCUCAUGAAUCUCAGACUCUUCGUUGAGGCGGCUCUGCUCAGGAAACUGUGCAUGCAAGGCUGGCCAGCCGCCGCCGCCGCCGAGUCUAUCCUCGGUGAUGUGGAAAAGAAUCCGCUGAAGGACUGGGGAAACAACUACUCGGCCAUCUUCACCCCCGCCCAAAACGGCGUGUCAGUCGGCUUCUUUUGCAGCUCCUGUCACAAAGCGAGGGAGUUGGACCGCAGCGAGGGGUCAACGGACUCGGUGUGGACGUGCAAGCGGUGUAAAGCUGCAGCUGCCCCUUGCGCGCUCUGUGGUCAUCGUGACUCGUCCCCCUUCAUCCCUUCUUCCUCGGAGGCAACCAUCUCCUCCCUCCAGCCUGAUCGGGAAGGUGAAGAUGAAUAUCAGCCCAUCGCAACAUGGUGGCUCUGCCCCAUCUGCGGGCACGGCGGCCACUCAUCCUGUAUGCAAGCUUGGCACGCAGCAUUUGAGGCUGAGCGGGACUCGGCCAUGUAUGUCGACGGACCAGUUGAUAACGACGACCCAGCUGCAGAACUGGCAUCGAGCGGUGGAUUCUGUCCGCUAGAUGGGUGCGGGCACGUCUGUCUACCUGGUCCGAUGAGGCUGCCUUGGGGGACGCGAGGCACGGGAACCGAUACGGGACAUGGGCAUGGCAUGGCCUCCAGAAUGGGCGAGAUGACGACCGAAGUACCGAGCCGGGCGGGGACAGCGCGGGAAAGAGAGCGAGAGGCAGCCGCUGCCAGCAGCUACAGUCGUUCAGCAGGGAGCAAGACACCAGUCUUCUCAGGCGGCAACAAAACACCCAUCUUCUCUGGCCAUUCCAGCCUCACUAGUCAAGGCCACGGCGACAGUUCUCUCCUUGCCUCAGCCACUGGAAUCGAUCGUGGCUACGUCGACCUCGGACCCCCAGCUCUCUCUGCUCUCGCCUCCGCCGGUACCAGCGAGUCAGGUGGCAGGCUACUCAGCACCGAUGACGCCGGCGGCCUUCCCGUGGCGCCACAAAGCAGAGCCGUUGAGUCUGUAAGAGAAACCGGACUGGCCUUUGGGAUCGGACCGGGAGGCGCGAUACAGGCUCACCAUCAUCACCACCCGCAUCAUUCGCAAACUUCACAUGGCUCGGGUGGGUCUGGAUCUCAACAGAGUCAGAGUCAGAGUCAGAGUCAUAGCGGCGUGGCGGGGAUACUGAGCUCUAGUCCUGGGAGGAUCGGGGCUUGGAUGAGUAGUGGUCUUUCUGGGCAUGGCGGGGAAGGAAGUAAAGCAGAUGGAGGUCGCGGAGAGAGAGAUAAAGAAAGGAGGAAGAGUGUCAAGUUCGUUACCACGGCGGUGGACGGCGGUGCUGGUGUUGGUGGGGUGGGCGGUUCGAUAUCACGACCAUAG